AUGGGUAUGUUCGUUGUAGCACCAUCUCCUUUUCAUCAUCACCACCAUGAUUCUCUCAUCUCCGAUUCUCAUCCUCUUAACCCUGCCACCGCUCUCGGCGUCGGGGUUAUACCUUUACUCACCGCUUCACCUUGCCUUGAGAAUGAAAACAUCUUAAACUUAAACACCAGACGAAACCAUAACCAUAACCAUAACCAAAACCAACAAGGAAUUCAAUUUUGGCAUGAACCACAGCCCCAGCAACAUCAACAUCAACAUCACCAGCAACAUAAUUCUCACUCGCACUAUUUGAAAAAACAAGGUUUUCUUGAUCAUCAUAAUACAAGUCCAACUAAUUUAGUUCAACACUGUGGUGGCGGUGGUGGUGGUGGUGGUGGGGGAGGAUUAACAGUUUCUGGAACUAGCAGUGGUGGAGGAACAACAACGUGUCAAGAUUGUGGUAACCAAGCGAAGAAAGAUUGUAGUAAUAGAAGAUGUAGAACUUGUUGUAAAAGUAGAGGUUUUGAUUGCCCUACUCAUGUUAAAAGCACUUGGGUACCUGCUGCUAGAAGAAGAGAACGUCUUGCUUCUGCGACGACAACCACGGUGGUUGCUGGUGGUGGCUCUAGUGGUUCAACAUCUGGUGCUAAAAAACCUAGACUCAUAGCUUCACAAACUACUUCUCACACUUCCACUUCUAAUACUACACCCCCUAGAAGCUUCGACACCACCUCUAGCCAUCAAGAUGCAGGUUUCAAAGAGUCAAUGCCAGGUCAAGUUCGCGCACCAGCAGUAUUCAAGUGUGUUAGAGUAACAUCAGUAGACGAUGGAAAAGAUGAGUAUGCAUAUCAAGCAGUAGUGAAGAUCAAUGGCCAUGUUUUCAAAGGUUUUCUCUAUGAUCAUGGUGUUGAGAAUAGAGAGGUUUAUCCGAACCUUUCUGAGCUUCAUUUAGGUGGUGGAAGUGGUAAUAGUGGAGGUGCAAAUAGAAAUGUUGGUUCAUCUUCACCUAUGUUGCAUCCUUCUCAUGAUGUUUAUGCAGCAGCUUCAAGUGGAGGUUUACUUGGAAACUCAGGUUAUGGUGGUAAUCAAAUCAAUUGA